AUGGCCAUGGCUGUGAUGAGGGCCAGGAUAAGAAGCCAAGGUGCGUGCCUCAGCCUGUCAAUGCGCUGGCGUUGCUCAUUGCAGUGGCCGAGCACGGAGUCCCUGUCCGCCGCCCACGAGUUUUCGCGAGGAGUUCCCGGUCGGAAGGACCGCAACGGCGCACCGGCAUCGAGCCAGCGCUGGUUGCAUGCUGGAGUCGCCUUGCGUGCCAGGGCUGCACGAGAGGACAACAAUGCCGAGGACCGGCUCCAUCUCGAGGAGGCGGCAGGCCUUCAGAGAAAGGACAGGUCCCAGCUUGGCCUCGCUGAGGCGAUUGCUGCAGGACAACGACACGGUGGAAAAGAUAAAAGCUGUCUUGCGCCAAAGCAACCCUGA